AUGGAGCGUCUAGGAUCGGCGCACCAGAUGAAUGCAGCACUCCGAAAAGCUCCUGACCUCAUUCGCCUGCUCGUCAAGCUAGUUGCUCAUGAAACUCGGAGAGGAGCUGCUGUCGACGUCGCGCACGUUGACAAGCGCCCAAGCGCCGAGUACCUGGACUUGCACCUCGCGCAAAACGUCCUGGGCCACAGCGAUCAUUUCGCGGGCGAUGGGCGUGACCUAGAAUUCGGCCCAGCCAAUGGUCUUGAGCCAUUCCAUCGCCGCAAACGACAGAAGACGUCAGCACUCGUCGAGGAGACAGUGGCCUUGGGUCUUGAUCCUCAAAACAAGAAGUAUCGCAUCAAGGGAGAAAAUUCGCUCAAGAAGUCGAAAAGAGAGAAAUGGCAGUCCGAUCAGGUGCGACCAGCUGAGGGCUUGUCCCCAGACAUCAAUCCAGCAGAGUCUGUCGGAGAGCUGGUCGCCCCGAAGAGAUGA